AUGCAACAGGCUUUAGAACGAGCUUUGGACCGUGCGGACUAUGUCAUCGCAGGUGCCCAGCAGAGGCCUCCAAAGAGGAGAGGCUCGUCGAGUGGGGAAGCAUCUCUCUACGAGAAGCUUUACGACAUCUAUGUGGAAGAAUGUGGGAGAGAGCCUGAGGCUCCGGAGGAGCUAAGAAGCAACGUGAACUUGCUAGAGAAGCUCAUGAGGAGAGAGUCGUUGCCCUGUUUAGUGGUCAACCUAUACCCAGGAAAGGAGGGAUAUUCGCUGAUGCUCGAAGAGAAACAUGGAGCAUGUUCAGAGACUAUUCGGCUGCCUUAUGAAGAAGGGGAAUUUCUUGAAUAUCUGGAUGCUGAAGAAUUACCUCCUGUUCUGCUGGACCUCCUGGAAAAAUCUGAGGUGAACUUCUUCCACUGCGGGUGCGUCAUAGCGCAGGUGCGGGACUACAGGCAGUGCAGCGGUGGGGAACCUCCGGGCUACCAGAGCAGGCACAUUCUCCUGCGCCCCACCAUGCAGACGUUAGCCUGUGACGUGCAAUCCAUAACCAGCGAUGGCCAGGAAUGGACCCAGGAGGACAAACUGUCGCUUGAGAGCCAGCUGAUCUUGGCUACUGCUGAGCCCCUGUGUCUGGAUCCUUCCAUAUCCGUAGCCUGCACUGCAAAUAGGCUGCUCUAUAACAAGCAAAAGAUGAACACUCGGCCGAUGAAAAGGAGCUUCAAGAGGUACUCUGCACCCUCUCUGAAUCAGCAUUGGGAGCUAUCUCAUUCUCCACCUCCUCCUGAGCUGACAGUAUUGACUUCUUGCAAAAAAAGCAAAGAAAGUAAAACAAGUGAGAAUUCUGACUUCAUAAUUCCUAAAGCAGCAGAUUAUGUAGAUAUGUGGAAACAGAGACCCUGUGACUUGGCUUUACCUUCUGAAGUGGAUGUGCAGAAAUAUGCUAAAUGGGAGAAUUUUGUCAAAUAUGAUGGCUCACAACCAACAGUGUGGCCAGCCCAUGAGAUAAAAGAUGAUUCUGUAUUUGGAUAUGAAGGUGGUGAUGAGUCUCAGACAAAGCUGACCUUGAUGCAGUCACUUAAGGAUCCACUUAUCUCUGGAAGAAGAAGACGACGUAAAAAAGUCAGAUAUGAGAGACAGAUGUCUUCUCCACACCCCUCCACAGAUGACCAUUCAAAUAGUGUCCUGCCUGGGUCAAAGACUGAUGCUGGUGUGGUAGUCACUGAGCCAGAGGUGGUAGUCCCAUACCAGGCCAAAUGUCCAGUCACCACUUCACAUAGUUCCAGCGACUCAGCCAACUUCAGCCAGCUGCCUCCAGGGAAAGAAACUGAACAGCCUAAGAUCCUUUUAGGUCAGUCUUCAGUCCUUGAGAAGGGAUUCACACAUCCAUCUCCAACCAUCAAACUUCCCUUAAGCUCAGAAAAAACUUCAUCAGGUAACAGUUUAACUCCAUGGCAAGGAAACAGCUUUCUUAAAUCUCCAUCUCCUGUUCUUGCUUCUAAGCCACUAAGUCUUUCUCAGAAACCCACUGUGGAAGUGAAUCAAGUGAGCAUGCUUCCUGCAGCCACCCUGUCUACUGCCAGCUCAUCACAAAGAAGUCUGGCCACCCCAGUCAUGUCCAACUCUGCAGGCCACAGCAUCAUCAAAGUGGUGGGCCCUGGUUGUGGAGCCCAGGCUUUGGGGAGGGGUUCCAGUUGCAGGAAGGGCUCUACCUCUGGGACCACAGCUCCUGUGGAUAUCAAGUCUAGCAUCCUGUCCUCAGGAGCUCAGCCACCAAAUGUAGUGCCUGCUGCAUCACAGGCUCCUCAAAUAGGUGUUCAAUUUAUUUUAAAAAAUGCCUCCAGUAUCAGUCCAGUAACUCUACUGGAGCUUCCACAAGGUUCGCUCCUUUUGAACACCCAGCAGCAGCCUCAGCAGCAGUGGCUCUACCAGUUUAUUCCACAACCACAACUCCAACAGCCCACAACUGCUGGUCCUCAGGAGCCAGUGCCACAGAGUUCAAGUGCACAAGGUUCAAUCAGUCAGAGAACAGCCUCAUCUGCUCAACAAGCCAUUGUCCUUAACCUCCCUGGAGCAGGAAGUUUUCUGCAGCCCCAGCCGGCGGUGUUGGCUCCGCUUGACUCUGCAGAGAGAGAAAGAAGACCCCAGCAGAGCCGACCUCAUCCCCAGCACACACUGCAGCAGGCCCCUGCCUUGCAGGAGCAGCCCCAGCAGCAGGUACAACAGUUGAGAAUCUUGCAGGGCCCCAUGGCCCUGACAACAGUAGUCACCCAGAGAGCUGGGCCGCCUCCACCUAGUGUUCAGACAGCAAACCCGCCAAAAGGUAAAAUGAAGAAAGGCACAUCAACUACUCCAAAAUCCUAG